AUGGUCCGGUUCAACGCGAUCGUGGGCCAUGAGAUUGUGAGCUCGGGCGGCUCCAAGCACACGGUGUACAUCCUCGAAGUCCAGAUCGACAACAUGAGCUACGUCGUCAAGCACCGGUACCACGAGUUCAAGGAGCUCCACGACACGCUCGUCAAGGAAGGCUACAAGUGCACGGCCGUGCCGCCCAAGAAGUUUAUUGGCAGCCUCAACCCCGAGUUUGUGCACAAGCGCCAGCUCGAGCUCAGCGUGUGGCUCCAGCAGCUCUGCGCGUGGGAUCCGACGUCGCCGUACCCGAACCCGCACAACAGCGAAGCGCUCAAGGUCUUCCUCCUCGAGCACGUACGACCGCUCUCUUCUAUCUCUAUGGCGUCGCUCACUGCAUACAGCGCCGAGUUUGACAAGGAGGCCAACAUGGAGGACGAGAUCACGCUGUACAACACGCCCAAGACGCGCCUCGACGAUUUCGAGCUGCUCAAAGUCAUUGGGAAGGGGUCGUACGGCAAGGUGACGCUCGUGCGGAAGAAGGACUCGAAGAAGCUGUACGCGAUGAAGACGUUGAGCAAGCCCAACGUCAAGCGACGCAACCAGGUCGAGCACACGCGCACCGAGCGCCGCGUCCUCGGGCUCACCAAGCACCCGUACAUUGUGCACUUGCAUUACGCGUUCCAGACAGCGCAGAAGCUCUACUUUGUCAUCGACUACUGCCCCGGCGGCGAGCUCUUCUUCCAUCUCUCGCGCAUGGAGCGCUUCUCCGAGAGCAUGGCGAGCUUCUACGCGGCUGAGAUUGUGCUCGCACUCGACCACCUCCACCAGCUCGGCGUCGUCUAUCGGGACCUCAAGCCCGAAAACAUCCUCUUUGACGCGACGGGCCAUGUGCUCUUGGCCGACUUUGGCUUGGCGAAGGAAGGCAUCACGGACGGCGCAGAGGGCACCAACUCGAUGUGCGGCACGCCCGAGUACCUCCCACCGGAGAUCCUCGACCGCGUCGGCCACGGCACGUCGGUCGACUGGUGGGCGCUCGGCAUGGUCCUCUACGAGAUGCUCACGGGCCUCCCGCCGUGGUACACGCGCAACCGCCAAAAGCUCUUUGAGCGCGUCCGGAACGCGCCGUUGACGUUCCCCGACUAUGUAUCGGCGCCGGCGCAGUCGUUGAUUGCCGGUCUUUUGAAUCGCAACCCGAACGAGCGCCUCGGCAACAAGAGCGCCAAGGACAUUCAGGUCCACCCGUUCUUUGCGGCCAUCAACUGGGACGCGCUCUACGCGCGGGAGCUGCCCCCGCCGUUCAACCCGUGCGCCAACAUCAACCUCGAAGAGACCAAGAACUUUGAGGCCGAGUUUACAAAGAUGCAGCUCAACUCGGUGCCGGACGCGACCGUCAUGGGCGGCUCGUACAACCGGUCGUCCGACGUCCGCGGCUCGAUCACGUUCCAAGGCUUCACGUACAACACGCCCAGCGACAUGAACAACAUGGGCAUCGAGUCGACGCGUGGCUCGACGCUGACGCAGUUUUAGCAAUCACGUUUCGAAUCUACUCGUCGUAUGUGUGCAUCGUAUUGUCUAUUGUUUGUCGAUCAUUGCACGCACAAUAUUGUC